AUUUAACCACAACAAUUACGGUUCGACAUCUUUCAACUUACGAGGUUAUAUUUAUAUUAAUAUAAAAUCUAAUUUUAUUAAUUUUUUAAUAAAAAAGAAGAAGAAUUUUGUUCAUAUUUUACCAGAGCAACUCCUAAUCAAACAUGAAGAUUGCGAGAUACAAAAAAGCACAAAAAUACUUGAAAUUCUACUAUAACAAUUAUGCUUUCCACCAACCCUAUCAAGUGUUGAUUGAUGGGACUUUUUGUUUUGCUGCAUUCAAAGAGCAUAUCAAUAUAAAGGAUCAGAUACCAAAAUACCUCAAUGGGAAAGUAAAACUGUUGACUACUAGGUGCAUCAUAAAAGAAACCGAGAAAGUAGCUAAGAAGGCACAAGGAGCAUUGACAAUUUUAAAACAAUUUGGCUUGCAUGAGUGCAACCAUAAAGAACCUGUAACGGGAUCUGAUUGUAUCUUGUCUAUGAUUGGUAAAAGUAAUGAUAAGCAUUAUAUACUCGCUACUCAGGAUAGAGAUUUACAGGACAAACUCCAACUGAAAGCUGGUGUUCCACUUCUUUACCUUCACAACAAAUCACCCACCUUACAGAAACCAUCUAAAGCCAGUUAUAGCAAAGCUGGACAAAUAUUAUCUGCCGACCCUCACAUAUUUAUAAGCGAAACACAAAAUGAAAUAUUGAAGAAUAUGAAGACGGCUCUGGGUGUUGAAGAACCCAAAUUACCAGAGAAAAAAAUUGUUAAAAAACCACACAACCCCAAUCCCUUAUCUUGCAAAAAGAAGAAAAAGCCAGAUGCCAAUAAAAGAAAAAAAGACAAUGGUAUAAAGGAAGGAAAAGUAAGAAAGAGAAAGAAAACUAAACAAAAUAAAAUUCAAAUAGGCUUCCAAAGCAAAUAAAUAAAUUAUAUAUAA